GGCGAGAUGUGAUGGAAGGAGGAAGAAGGAGGAGGAAGAAGGGGGAGGAAGAACAAGGAGGAAGGAGGAGGAGGAAGAAGAGGGGGGGAAGAAGAAGGACGAAGAAGAAGGAGGAGGAAGGAGGAGAAAGGAGGAACGAGGAAGGAGGAGGAGGACGAAGGGGUGGAUAGCAAGAUGGGAUGGUGGGAUGGAUGGCGAGAUGGGAUGUCGAGAUGGAUGGCGAGAUGCGAUGGAAGAGAAAGGAGGAGGAAGGAGGAGGACGAAGAAGGAGGAAGAAGAAGGAGGAAGAAGGAGGAGGAAGAAGGAGGGGGGGGAAGAAGAAGGAGGAAGAAGGUGAGGAAGGAGGAGGAGGAAGGAGGAGGAAGAAGAAGAAGGAAGAAGGAGGAAGGAGGAGGAAGAAGAGGGAGGAAGGAGGAGGAGGACGAAGGGGUGGAUGGCAAGAUGGGAUGGUGGGAUGGGUGGCGAGAUGGGAUGGCGAGAUGCGAUGGAAGAGAAAGGAGGAGGAAGGAGGAGGAAGAAGGAGGAGGAAGAAGGAGGAAGAAGGAGGAGGAAGAAGGGGGGAGGAAGAAGGGGGGAGGGAGAAGAAGGAGGAAGAAGAAGGAGGAAGAAGAAGGAGGAAGAAGGAGGAGGAGGAAGGAGGAGGAAGAAGAAGAAGGAAGAAGGAGGAAGGAGGAGGAAGGAGGAGGACGACGAAGGGGUGGAUGGCAAGAUGGGAUAGUGGGAUAGGUGGCGAGAUGGGAUGGCGGGAUGGAUGGCGAGAUGCGAUGGAAGAGAAAGGAGAAGGAAGGAGGAGGAAGGAGGAGGAAGAAGGAGGAAAAAGGAGGAAGAAAAAGGACGAAGGAGGAGGAAGAAGGUGGAUGGCGAGAUGGGAUGGAUGGAUGGCAAAAUGUGAUGGAAGAAGGAAGAAGAAGGAGGCGGAAGAAGGAGGAGGAAGGAGGAGGACGAUGAAGAAGAAGAAGAAGAAGAAGAAGAAGAGAAGAGGAGAGGAGGGGGGGGAAGGAGGACGACCUUUGUUUUUUUUCCGUUCACCGUUCAUGACAACUUCCUAAGGUCGCCGAAGAUAUGCCCUGCCGCAAACAGCCAAAAGGCCGAAGAAGAUAAAGAUCGUCGUUAACU